AUGUCUAUUGAAGCUAACGCUGUUGAAUUGAAAAACGCUCUAAACAAAUACCCAAAUUUCCCACAAGAGGGGAUCUUAUUUGAAGAUUUCCUACCAAUCUUCACGAAACCUGAAUUAUUUCAAAAGUUGGUGGACUCCUUCAAGAUUCAUCUACAAGAACAAUUCGGCGAUAAAAAAAUCGACUUCAUUGUCGGUUUGGAAUCAAGAGGUUUCUUAUUCGGUCCAACACUCGCUUUAGCCUUAGGUGCAGGUUUUGUACCAGUUAGAAAGGUCGGUAAAUUGCCAGGUGAAUGUGUCAAAGCUUCUUACAAAAAGGAAUAUGGUGUAGACGAAUUUGAAAUGCAAAAGAAUGCUAUCCCAAAGAAUGCUAACGUUGUCAUUGUCGAUGAUAUCAUUGCUACUGGUGGUUCCGCUAAAGCCGCUGGUGAUUUGCUUCUACAAGUCGGUGCUAAUAUCUUAGAAUUCGAUUUUGUUAUGGAAUUGGAUUUCUUGCACGGUAGAGAUAAAUUACAAGCUCAAACUUUCACUCUAUUAAAGGAUCAAACUGAAGCUUUAAAGAAUUAG